AUGGGCCUGACGCCAGGCUGCUGGGUGUCAGGGCACCCGAGGGAGCCGGAGGUGGGGCGAGGCGUGGCAGCCCGCAUGCUCACCUGGCCCUGCAUGGCAACAGGCAAUGGAGCUCUAGGUGCCUUGGGCUGCGGACCCACGGCCGCUUCCAGAGGCAGCGGGUGGCAGAGGAGGGAGGGCAAACUGGCAGCCCCUGGCAACCUGGGGCUGACGGCAGGAGGCUGGGCACACCGCGGAUUUCCCCCCGCCGGCAGGAUGGUGAACCUGGAGUCCGUGCACGCAGCUGUCCCCGAAGGAGAAAGUGGCCCCGGGUGUGGUGGCAGUCAUCACUUCAAGGAGAUCAAGAUGAGCGGGGAUGCUGCAGAUUCCACAGACACCCGGCACGAGCCUGACCAGGUGGAGCCAGGGAAUGAACAGAAUGGGCUGGACUUUAACAGGCAGAUUAAAACCGAGGACCUCAGCGACUCCUUGCAGUCUGCCAUCCCCCCUCGGUCGGGGCACCUCGUGCAGGGAUCAUCCAUGAUGCCAGGGAGCCAAAUUGCAGGGGACAUGAGCUCUCUCCACACCCUGCAGCAGCUGGUGUUGCUUCCUGGGCACAUGCAGUCAGUCCCCCAGUUCCUCCUGUCCCAGUCUCAGGCAGGACAACAAGCUUUGCAGCCAAACCUCCUCUCCUUCCCUCAGCAGCAGGGCAGCCUCCUCCUCUCCCAGCCCGGACCCAGCCUGGCCUCGCAGGCUGUGGGUCGCUCUGGCCUGCCUGGCUCCUCGGUUGAGCCCCACCUGGACGUCCCCCAGCACCUGCAAGUGGCGAAGCACCUGACCCCAGCUGGGGCUUCCGAGGAGCCCAGCGACCUGGAGGAGCUGGAAAAGUUUGCAAAGACUUUCAAACAAAGGAGGAUCAAGCUGGGGUUCACACAGGGGGACGUUGGCCUGGCCAUGGGGAAGCUCUACGGGAAUGACUUCAGCCAGACCACGAUCUCCCGCUUCGAGGCUCUCAACCUGAGCUUCAAGAACAUGUGCAAGCUCAAACCUCUGCUGGAGAAGUGGCUCAGUGAUGCAGAAUCUGCUCCUUUGGAUUCCUCCAUGAGCACCCCCAAUUCCUACCCCUCAGUGAAUGAGAUGUUUGGACGGAAAAGGAAGAAGAGGACCAGCAUUGAGACCAACAUCCGCUCCACGCUGGAGAAGAGAUUCCAAGAUAACCCCAAGCCCAGCUCAGAGGAGAUCUCCUUGAUAGCAGAGCAGCUCUCCAUGGAGAAGGAAGUGGUUCGGGUCUGGUUCUGCAACCGGCGCCAGAAGGAGAAGCGGAUCAGCUGCCCCAUGCCAUCCCCCAUCAAAUCACCCAUCUACAACUCCAGACUGGUCUCUACCUCAGGCUCCUUGGGGCCCCUCUCCGUCAAUCCAGUGCACAGCACCAUGCCUGGGACUGUGACAUCCUCGUGCUCCCCAGGGAACUCCAGCAGGCCCUCGUCCCCUGGCAGUGCCCUCCAUGCCAGCAGCCCCGGCACAGCCCAGAGCAACUCCAAAGCUGCCAUGAACUCCUCUGGCUUCAACUCUUCAGGCUCCUGGUACCGAUGGAACCAGCCCACCUACCUCCACUGA